UGUUUUUCGUUUCUCUCUCCUCACCCCCAUUUUCUCUCUCUAAAUUUUCCCCCAAAAUCUGAACUUUCCAAUAAAACCCAAAAAAAAACCGUAUUUCAAGUUACCUCAUUUCACUCCCCACUUUUUUCUCAUCUCACCCCACACUCUCUUCUUGCUCAAAUUUCUGUAUUUCAGAUUUGAUGAAUUGUUUAAGAAAUCUUUAGAUUUUUUAUUGAAAUUCUCAAUCUUUCUUCUUCAUUUCACCCCUUUAAUCACCAAACUAAAAAAAGGGGUUGAAUUUGGAGAGGAGAGAAAAAUAUGGAAGAUCAAUGGGAGAUGGGUUUACCAUUACCUGAAGAUCUAACCCCAAUAUCACAAUCUUUAAUCUCCCCUGGCCUUGCUUUGGCAUUUGGGAUAACCCCAGAUAAUACUCGAGCUCAGUUUGAUUUAAAUCUGCACGACAACUGUUCGACGUAUUCCCCCAGUGAAGAAAACUUAGAAUCUUUGAGUUUGAGGUUGUUUUCUGGAAGAAGUGAUUUUGAUUGUUCCAAUAGGAUGAGAAGGGGUGAUAGUUUUGUAAAUGAUGAGGUGAAUUCAGGAUCCAAAGAUGACGGGGAUGAAAAUGGGCUUAAUCGGGCUGUGAAACGGCCUAGGUUAGUUUGGACCCCUCAACUUCAUAAAAGGUUUGUUGAUGUAAUUGAGCAUCUGGGUAUUGAUAAAGCUGUUCCCAAGACAAUUAUGGAGAUGAUGAAUGUAGAAGGGUUGACGAGAGAGAAUGUUGCUAGCCACUUACAGAAGUAUAGGUUAUAUUUGAAGAGAAUGGAAGGGCUCUCUAGUGAGGGUCAAUCAAACCCUAGACGGGAUACACCAAUGUUCGAUUGUGACGGGUUUGGGUCCAUGACAAUGCCACACCCACACCCACCGCCACCCCAACAGCAGCAGCAGUGCAAUUCACUGCCUUUGAUGCCAAUGCCGAUGGUGGUGCCGCCUCCUGGGGCGGCUUAUGGGUUUGGACAUUUGGGGUUGCCUCUUCCUAGUUCUUCCCCUUCUGGAUACUGUGGGCUUGAAUCUGGCGCGUACAACAUGUUCUGGAAUCGGCAGCGAGGUUGAUCAUUUUGUUCAACUUUUUUUUAUAAAAAUGUAGUAUGAUGGGGUUAUUGGACUAGUUUGUAGUAUAUGGUUUGAAUCCUUUCACAUAAUCACAAGCUAUCCUAUAAGUUGCUUAGAAUCGAAAUUUACCACAUAAUGUAUCACUCUUCCUUUCUUUUCUUGAUAAUUUAAUGAAAUUGUGAAACACAUUUCUUAAGUGAAUUCAAUAUGGAAAAUUUUCUGUGGUU